ACGGCACGGCACGGCACGGCAGUCAGUCAGUCUGCUCUCAACCGCCGCAGCUGGCCGCAGCAAACGUGUGUCGUGUUGCGUUGCCCGCUGCGUCCGUUUUAAUCGAAAAAUAAUGACUCCAACUCCAAUGAUUACGCCAUCUGGCGUCAAGAGGCGCAGACCGCUCUCGAUACAACAGAAGAUACAUAUUAUUGAUUUGCUCAACGAGGGGGCAAGUCUCUUGUCUGUCUCUAAGCAAUUCGAAUUGCAUCCACAGCAUGUCCGCAAGAUCUUACUUAACUCAGUCUCCUAUCGUGCAAAGUUCAAUAUGUUACCUAACAAAUCAAGUACCAGAAUCAAGAAAACUCAGUGGUUUAAACUUGAACAGGAACUUUAUAACUGGUGCCUUGAAAAGCAGGCAUUGCGCGAGCAGUUUAGCGACAAAACGAUUCUGGCCCAAGCCGUUGAAAUGAGUGCAGCCAUGCCGGGUCUACCCCCCUUCCGGGCUAGCAGGGGCUGGCUAACGAAAUUCAAAAGACGCUACCUGAUUCCGUCAUUGAGGGAGCAGCGGAACACCCUUAGGACACUGAACGAGGCAAAGGUGCCGAAGCAGGCUGAAGAAGAAAAGAUUGAGGACGAAGUGAUUGAGGACGAAGUGAUUGAGGAAGAAAAGGUUGAGGAAGAAAAUAUUGAAGAGAAUGCGAAUGUUAGCAGAAGACGGACUCAAAUAGUAUACGACUGGGAACGCUGCAGGGACAACGAAGCUGAGGGAUUUCCUUUUCGAGUGAUGUCUCCAGUGCCUUCGACACCAACACCCGAGAAGAAACGCAAGACUCUCUCGUUAGAACAGAAGAUAAGUAUUGCCGAUUUGCUCGAUCGUGGAGAAAAUGUAGAGGAUGUCGCCGAGAAAUUUGACGUGCGUCAGGGAUAUGUCCGCAAGAUCCAAAUGAAUGCAGCCGUCUUGCGUGAGAAGUACCGCAACAAGUCGCCAGACAAGUCGAGGAGCACAAUGAAAGAAUCUAAGUGGGCUGAACUUGAAAAGAAGCUUUAUGUCUGGUGGCUGGAAGAGCAUGCGUCGGGCAAAUACAUUACCAACGCGAGGAUGAAGGCCCAGGCCCUCAAAAUUCACGCAGCGAUGGGAGACUCGCGCCCUCGCCGGCCCUUCACGGCACACAAAGAAUGGCUCCGCAAAUUCAAACUCCGCUACCAAGUCCCGCCACGGAACCAGCAGACGGAGGAAGAGGAUCCGGAAGUGAGCGUCCAGCGAGAGGGAGAGUCAUGGUGGGGCGGCAAGCACACGCCAAUAGUGUACGAUCCGAGGUACCGCGGGGACAAACCGGCGUCACGACCCGCCUCUGGUCGGGAGGCGUCGUCUUCGGCGCACAGGGCGGAGGAGGCUGGAGGUGGGACACCACCAGCGGGGAGCGCCAUCAGCAGAGGUCAGCAGGGCCUCACGCCGUCCAAAGAGGACAUGGAACUAGAAGAGAGACUCAACGAAUUGAUUCGGAGGAACAACAUAAUCGAGAGAGUGGCCUGUGACCAAGAUAUGACAUUGGCUGCACGCUAUGAUGAAGCACAUGACAGCAGCAUGUGUACCGAUACAGCCUGUCUUCAGUACUGCGUCUUGGAAUCGUCAAGGGUCAGCCUCAGCCCCAAGCACGACAGGGGGGCUCUGGAACUAGUAAAACAGAAACUUGAUGAGCUGGAGCGGAAGAUUUUUUCAGUCGAGUUUGCGCUGGACGCGAAAAUUUUCAACGAUUCCCAAAAAGAAGAGUCAAUUAAGCAACAGGAAGAAAACAACCCACCAGAAGUGGUUGUAUGUGAGGACAAGCAGGAGCUACUGGCCGCAAGCUUCCGUAGAGUUAGGAGGUGGACAAAAAAGCAGGACCGGUCUACAUAUCUCCAGUUUAAACCAAUUUAUAAGCUAUUUAAGAACAAAGGGCAAAAUGAAUAAAAGAAGUAUUAUUUA